ACGUCACAUGUAGUAAUGACCACAUUCCGACGGCAUUUGAACACAGCAGUUUCUGGAGAUGAGGGACACACCCAUGUCGACCGACAUAUCUCCUUCGCCAUUGGUCAACGGUGUCCGUUAAGUGUGGAUUUCCAGGCUUCCCAUUGGCUGCCGCCCGACCGUGGUAGCAUCUGUGCUUCGCGCUGUGCCCAGCUGUCCUCUUCUCACACACCGCAAGCAAGCACCCAGGAGAGCGGGCUCAAGAAAACGCGAGGAAAUAACCGGAGUCUGGCUGCCAACAUGGGGUCCAUGCGAAUUCUCAUCAAGGGAGGCAAAGUGGUCAAUGAUGACUUCACCCACGAAGCAGAUGUUUACAUUGAGAACGGCAUCAUUCAGCAGGUUGGGAAGGAGCUGAUGAUUCCGGGCGGGGCCAAGGUGAUCGACGCGUCCGGAAAGCUGGUGCUGCCCGGCGGAAUAGACACCUCCGUGCAUUUGCAGCAGACUUUCAUGAACGCCGCCAUCCAGGAUGAUUUCUACAGUGGCACCAAGGCGGCUCUGAUGGGUGGUACCACAAUGGUGAUGGCGCUGGUCCUGCCCGAGCAACACUGCUCCCUCGUGGACGCCUAUGAGAACUGCCGAGCUCUGGCUGACGCAAAGGCGUGCUGCGACUACGCUCUGCAUGUUGGCUUGACCUGGUGGGGGCCAAAGGUGCAUAAUGAGAUGGAGACGCUGGUGAGGGAGCACGGGGUGAACUCCUUCCAGAUGUUCAUGGCCUACAAGGAUAUGAUGAUGCUGAGGGACUCUGAACUGUACCAGGCCUUGCAGACCUGCAAGGACAUCGGAGCCAUCGCGCGUGUCCACGCCGAGAAUGGCGAGCUGGUAGCGGAGGGUGCUAAAGAGGCUCUGGAUCUGGGUAUCAGUGGACCCGAAGGCAUUGAGGUCAGCCGUCCAGAAGAGCUGGAGUCAGAGGCCACACACAGAGCGGUCACAAUCGCCAACAGGGCUCACUGCCCUAUCUACCUGGUGAAUGUGUCCAGUAUGCCCGCUGGGGAUAUGAUUGCCGCUGCCAAGAUGCAGGGUAAGGUGGUCCACGCAGAGACCACAGUCGCUCAUGCGGUGUUGAACGGCAUGCAGUAUUACCACCAGGACUGGGCUCACGCUGCCGCACACGUCAUCGUGCCCCCGCUCCGCCUCGACCCCAACACCCCUGGCUACCUCAUGGGAUUGUUGGGCAAUGACACGCUGAGCGUUGUGGCAUCAGAGCACCGUCCGUUUAGCACCAAGCAGAGGGCCUUGGGCAAGGAGGACUUCACCAAGAUCCCCCAUGGAGUGCCUGGAGUCCAGGACAGGAUGAGCGUCAUCUGGGAGAGGGGAGUGGUUACAGGAAAGAUGGACGAGAAUCGUUUUGUGGCUGUGACAAGCGCCAACGCCGCAAAGAUCUACAACAUGUAUCCGCGCAAGGGUCGCAUCAUCCCCGGAGCGGACGCUGAUGUGGUGGUGUGGGAUCCAGAUGCGACGAGGACGAUCUCUGUUGGCACUCAAGUGCAAGGAGGAGACUUUAACCUGUAUGAGGGACUGCGCUGCCACGGCGUUCCUUUGGUCACCAUCAGCCGGGGACGUUUGGUGUGCGAGAACGCAAUGUUCAUGUGCGCCGAAGGCUCCGGAAAAUUCUAUCCACAACGGACCUUCCCUGAUUACCUGUACAAGAAGAUGGUGCAGAGAGAAAAAGCUCAGGCAUAUAAAGGGGUUGACAGGGAUCCCUACUCUGGCGAUGUGGUCAAAGUUACCAACACUAUGAAGAAGGAGCUUGGUUUGAGCCCCAUCGAUGGAGACGGCACUAACAAAGGCGUGGUGAGGGUGCAACAGGGGGUUCGGGACCUCCAUGAGAGCUCCUUUAGCCUCUCGGGGUCUCAGGUUGAUGAUCAUAUCCCCAAGAGGUCCUCGGCUCGGAUCCUGGCCCCUCCGGGUGGUCGCUCCAGUGGAAUCUGGUAAACUCUGGCCCGAGGAAAUCAGCCGUCCAAGCCUCCUUGUUUUUUUGUAUAUUUUCGAAUAACCAAGAAAACUGCACUGAUUUUAAAACACAAGUUUAAUGUUAAAAGGGAAAUUGUUCUCAGCAAUUGGCCAAGACUUAAACGUGAUCAGUUUGCCGAAGUGAGUUUUACAAAUCUAGUUGGAGUCUUCUUUCUGAAACGCUAAAAUAUACCGAGGUCAAGGUGCUAUGUGUGAAUGUUUUUUCCCCCGAAUUUAAACGGAUCACAACUAACCGAUUUCUCAUUGUUUGUCAGGAGAAAGAGGAAAAGGGACCGAAUGCUUAAAAAACAAUACUGGUUAUUUUCAAAGGUUUGAAAUGAUGUUGACUUUAAAUAUCUAAAACGAGUAGAACUGGAUUCAGUAAAGCAUCCCCAUCACACACACCAAUAGAGCGCAUACACUGUAGUCACACAAGAUGAGUGGCGAUUUCUGUUUGUGAUAAAACCACCUCCUGCGCUUCAUCCCUUGGCUGUUCCUGUGUUUUUGUUUCCAACGGAUGGACUGUGUUGUGUGGUGAUGACAUCCAACUGUUCAACAUACUGUGUGAUCUUUGCUGCGACACUCUCCACACAGUCUGACUGUGUCACAUGCUGCCUCUUCGUGAGAAACACACAAGUAUCCCAGUGUAGUUCCCGACAAUAGAUUUACUGUAAUGUUGUGAAUUAUACAUAACACACAAUACAAGCCAAGAAUUGUCAAGAAAUGAAAAUUGUCACAUAAGGAGAGCCUCCACAGGGCAGGAAGAUUGAGCUACACAUGCUACUGAAGCACAGACCCCCUCACCUCCUCUGAAGUGUGUCAUUCCAUUCCAACAGUGGUGUUUAUUCAUGACCACAUUUUUUUUGUCUGUGUACUGUACAUUUAGGAUGCUUUCUCUUCGUUAAAAGAAUAAAUGUGCCAUUGUGAGUGAGUCACUCCUAUUAUUGCACACACCUUGCAUGAAAAGAACCACAUCGAGACAGAUAUGGACGGCCACAGGUUCACAACUGGUGCUUGUUGUUUUUCUUUUUACAAUGGUAUAAAGGGUGUUAAUUUUAUUGUGGAUGAUUGUUGUUUAGAAGGCACUGUGAAUUGUCAGUGACUGUGCGUUGUCAAGUUUGUGAAUUGUUUCGUUGGAAAGUGAACCUGUUGAAUAUGUACUGUGGCUGCUUGUUUCUUACCACAAAGUAUUGGUCAACCAAUAAAAUAG